CAUUCACUCAGUCUUUCCCCAGCGGUGGAGGAUUAGUCGUCGCAUACCGAUUUGGCGCGACAUUCUGAAAGUGCACAACCCGUCAGCCCCUUUGCGACUACUGCGCCAUCGUCUGUGAAUACGCCUCGCCUACACGAAGAACGCGCGCCGCGAAGGCCCAAACCGUAGCCAUGGACGAUCUCGCAAACCUCGAGUUCCUGUCGCUCGUCUCGAAAGUCACAUCCGAAAUUCAGAACCAUGUCGGUGUAUCUGACAAGACGCUUGCCGAGUUCGUCAUCGAUCAACAUGCGAAAUGCAAAGGCGUCACAGACUUCAAGAACCAGCUGGAGGCCAUGGGCGCCGAGUUCCCCCAGAGUCUGGUCGAGAGCAUCGACCGUCUUAUCCUGACGCUUCACCCAAAGUACAAGAACAAGGGCGCAAACGGGAAAGAAUCUGGCGCAAACGGAGAGGAUGGCGGCGAUGCGACAGACCGGAAAACGCGCGUCUUCAAGGGCCUGGCGAUUCCCGACAAAGACGUGGACUACGAGGUAGCAGACGAGGAGUCUGAGAAGGAUGCGCCGCAAGUCGACGCGCUGGACGACACAUUUGCGAUGCUGGAGGGUCUGGCAGGGAAGGCGCCAAGCAGCAAGCCCAAGGAGAGGUCGCGGAAAAGAAGCAUGAGCCCAUACGACAGCGACGACGACAUGAGCAGGAGCAAGCGACACAGGCGGAGGGAUAGGUCAUACUCUCGCUCGCGGUCCAGGAGUCCGCGGCGAGGGAGGCAACAGAACGACGAGCUAGUCUUCGAAGAUGAAUUCGGGCGUACGCGCACCGUCAAACCGAACAACAAGCAACGAAGCCGCAAGAAGUACCGCGACGAAGAUCUCGACGAGUUCCGACGGCCACCCACUCCCGAGCUCGACGACGAGCCUGUGCUAUACAAAGUAUACGAUGGCAAGGUUACAGGCGUCAAGGAUUUUGGCUGCUUCGUCAACCUGCAAGGUGUCAAAGGCAAGGUCGACGGGCUGGUGCACGUCACGCAGAUGAUGGAAGGGCGAGUCAACCACCCAUCCGAUCUCGUGUCGAGAUGGCAAGAAGUCAAGGUCAAGGUCAUCAAGAAUGAGAACAACAGGAUUUCGCUGUCGAUGAAAGAGGUGGACCAACGGACGGGUCAAGAUCUCGCUCCCGGCAAACGCAUAGCAUCCUUUGGAACAGGCGCAAACUCUCAGGGACUCGGGGGAAUACCAGGCUUUGACAGUGCAGUGCCAAUCGUAGAGGAUGGCUUCAACAGUCGCAAGAAUGGUAUGCGGAAGCGCAUGACGUCUCCAGAACGGUGGGAAAUCAAACAGCUCAUUGCUUCUGGCGUGAUACCGAAAUCAGACUAUCCCGACAUCGACGAGGACUUCAACGCGCACAUCAACGGCGAGGGUGGCUUCGAAGAAGAGGAGGAUGUUGACAUUGAAGUUCGUGAGGAGGAGCCGCCCUUCUUGGCUGGCCAGACCAAGCAAUCACUGGAGCUUUCACCAAUCCGGGUUGUCAAGGCGCCCGAUGGCUCGCUCAAUCGCGCUGCGAUGGCUGGUGAUACACUGGCAAAGGAACGCCGCGACCUCAAACAACAAGAAGCCCAAGAGAAGGCCGCAAAGGAGGCUGCGAACGUCGACUUGAGUAGUCAGUGGAAUGAUCCCAUGGCUCAACAACGACAGUUUGCAAGCGACCUGCGCAACACUCGAACGAAUGAGCCCAGCCAGGCCCUGCCGGAAUGGAAGAAGAUCUCCACGAACAGCAAGGAAACCUCGUUCGGCAAACGUACAAACAUGAGCAUCAAGGAGCAGCGAGAGUCACUGCCUGUGUUCAAAUUCAGGAACCAGCUUCUUGAGGCUGUCGCAACCCAUCAGAUUCUGAUUGUCGUCGGUGAUACUGGAUCUGGAAAGACCACACAGAUGACCCAGUAUCUGGCUGAAGCUGGCUAUGGUAACGAGCUGGUUAUCGGAUGUACUCAGCCCAGGCGUGUAGCAGCUAUGAGUGUUGCCAAGCGUGUUGCUGAAGAGGUUGGCUGCGCUCUUGGUAACGAGGUUGGCUACACCAUUCGAUUCGAAGACAAGACUUCACCCGACACCCGCAUCAAGUACAUGACGGACGGUAUCUUGCAGCGUGAGAUUCUGUUGGAUCCCAUGCUGUCAAAGUACAGCUGUAUCAUGCUUGACGAGGCCCACGAACGCACAAUUGCCACAGACGUCUUGUUCGGACUGCUGAAGAAGACGCUCAAACGACGCCCGGACAUGAAGCUUAUAGUGACCAGUGCCACCCUCGAUGCCGACAAGUUCUCUGAAUACUUCUACAAGUGUCCUAUAUUCUCGAUUCCAGGUCGAACCUUCCCGGUAGAGGUCAUGUACAGUAAAGAGCCGGAGUCUGACUACCUGGACGCGGCGCUGGUCACGGUCAUGCAGAUCCACUUGACGGAGCCAGCUGGUGACAUUCUGCUCUUCCUGACAGGUAAAGAGGAGAUUGACUCUUCCUGUGAGAUUAUCUCAGAGCGCAUGAAAGCCUUGGGUCCGAACGUCCCGGAGUUGAUGAUUCUGCCCAUCUACGGUGCCUUGCCGUCUGAGGUAGCCUCUCGUAUCUUCGAGCCCGCCCCCAAUGGUACCCGUAAAGUCGUCAUCGCCACCAAUAUCGCCGAGACCAGUCUGACUAUAGACGGCAUCUACUACGUCGUUGACCCGGGUUUUGUCAAACAAAGUUCGUAUGAUGGAAAGCUGGGAAUGGACCGUCUACAGAUCACCCCCAUCUCGCAAGCCCAGGCUCGUCAGAGGAGUGGACGAGCAGGUAGGACAGGACCAGGAAAGUGUUUCCGUCUGUACACCGAGGCCGCGUUCCAGAAUGAGAUGUUGCCGACUACUAUUCCGGAGAUCCAGCGUCAAAAUUUGUCGAACACGAUUUUGAUGCUCAAAGCGAUGGGCAUCAACGACCUCCUGCACUUUGACUUUAUGGAUCCACCGCCUACGAACACCAUGUUGACUGCCUUGGAAGAGUUGUAUCAGCUGGGCGCGCUGGACGACGAAGGUCUGCUGACGCGUCUCGGUCGACAGAUGGCAGACUUCCCGAUGGACCCGUCCCUUUCAAAGUCACUCAUCAAAUCUGUCGACCUUCAGUGCUCAGACGAGAUUUUGACCAUUGUGGCCAUGAUCAGCGCAACCCAAAACGUUUUCCACCGUCCGCGUGACAAGCAACAACAGGCCGACCAGAAGAAGCAGAAGUUCAACGACCCCUCUGGCGAUCACAUAACCCUUCUCAACGUGUACAACGGCUGGAAGCAGGGAGGAUUCAGCACGCCAUGGUGCCAUGAGAACUUUGUCAUGCCGAAGAACAUGCAGCGCGUGCGCGACGUUCGAAAUCAGUUGCUGCAGAUUAUGGCACGACACAAACAUCAGGUCGUGUCGUGUGGCCGCAACACGAUCAAGGUCCGACAAGCUCUGUGUUCAGGCUUCUUCCGCAACUCGGCGCGCAAAGACCCUGCCGAGGGCUACAAGACGCUUGUUGAGGGCACACCAGUCUACCUUCAUCCCUCUUCUUCACUGUUUGGCAAGCCUGCUGAACACGUUAUAUACCACUCUCUUGUCGAGACGACGAAGGAGUAUAUGCAUUUCUGCAGUGCUAUCGAGCCAAAGUGGCUUGUCGAAGCGGCGCCGACGUUCUUCAAGGUUGCGCCAACGGACAGACUGAGCAAGAGGAAGAAGGCCGAGAGGAUACAGCCUUUGCACAACAAGUUUGCAGGUGAAGAUGACUGGAGAUUGAGUGCACAGAGGAGGGCUGGUAGGGGCGGUGGUGGAACAUGGGGUUAAUCUUAGCGGUUUGACGAUAGUUUGUGUAUGAUACCUUUUGACAGUAAUUGAGAUCUGUAGGACGCUGAAAUCC